CCCCUAGCAAAUACCAUUGUUUUCAGUGAACAAAUUUUACUUUCUCCACGGUCUUUAUAAUCUUUGCGCUUUGAGAUUAAUCUUCCCUCGGAAUUGAAACACCCAAUAAAAAAAAGAACUGUAACUAGAAAAAUCAAAUAACUAUCACUAGCAGAUUCGUUCAUCUUCCCUCCAAAAAAAACUGACCGAAGACCCAAACAAACCAAAAAGCCCAACGACCCAACCCAUUAACCCAAAUGCAUUAACCACCCACAUGCCCGCCCAGAAACAAAAAAAAAAAGGAAAACCAAACAAAACUUCAACUCUUCAUCGGCGACCAAUCUUUGUUCGCCCUUUUUACGCCGCUGUUAUGCCGUCAGACCGCCGAAGUUCCUCGCCCUCUUCUUCUUCCCGGUCGCCGAACUACCCAUCUUCCUCCUCCACCACCACCUCUCACCAUUCCCCACCCAUGUCCGACGAAGACGAAGCCGUCCCGUCGGCAACGUCACCGGCGCGCCCUCCUGCUUCACCCCCGCCCAAGCCCUCCGACGAAUUAUUAGCCCUCUCCGCACCGCCGUCGACGGCCCGGUCCCACUCAUUUCCGAUGAGGGAAGACUGUUGGUCGGAGGACGCCACUCAUACUUUAAUUCAAGCAUGGGGGUCCCACUACUUGGAACUCAACCGCGGCAGCCUCCGUCAACAGCACUGGCAACAGGUCUCCGAAGCCGUCAAUUCCCUCCAUGCCCACACCAAGAAGCUUCACCGCUCCGACAUUCAGUGCAAAAACCGUAUCGACACCUUGAAGAAGAAAUUCAAGGUCGAGAAGUUCAAGUCCUUGCAAUCCAACGGCCGGUACGUUUCCUCCUGGCCCUUCUUUGAUUCCCUCGAUUCCCUCAUUGGGGACAACUUCGCAAAGCCUAAACGCCUCUCGCCGUCUCCUCCGAUGACGAGGAGGAGCUUUGUUAAGAAAGAUGUGUCUCCGGCGCCGGUACCGGUGAAGAGGGAAUUUCCGUCUCUUCCUCCUCCGCCGUCCACGGUGCCGGUGGGACCGAGGUCAAAGCGGCCAGCGCCGGUUGAGUUUGUUGAAGAGCCGGUUCUUAAGAGGAAUUCCUCGGCUAUGACUGCGGCGGCGGCGGCGGCUGCAGCUGCGAGGGUUGGAAUUCACGAUGAUGAUGAGGAAGAUUCUGAGAUGUCGAGUCCGGAGAGACGGACAAGGGCCGGGGCACGCACUGGUGGGAUUGGAAAAGCGAAGAAAAUGAUGGUCUCCGGCCAUGUACUGGAGGAGGGUUACAGGAAGUUGGCUGAGGCGAUUGGGAGCUUUGCAGAGAUUUAUGAGAGGGUUGAGGAGGCGAAGCAUAGGCAACUGGUGGAGUUGGAGAAACAGAAAAUGCAAUUUGCGAAAGAUUUGGAGCUUCAAAGAAUGAAGCUUUUUAUGGAGUCCCAAGUCCAGCUGGAAAAGCUUAAGAGAUCAAGGCGAAAUUCUCAAUCCGGUGGUUAUUUUAGGUAAGGCGAGCGGAAGGUUUGGGAAGGACUGAUUUUGUUGUGGAAGUACAGGUAGAUUUUUGGUUCAGCUGUUAUCAGCUGGUUUUUUGGGGUAUAAAAGGAUGAUUUUCUAGAUAGACUUCUCUCGAUAGGAUUUGUUGUGUGUCUACUGGUGCUGACGUGCUGUAAUAGUUGUUUGUAGUUUGUUUAUUGCAGAAGGAAUUGCUUUGUAGGAUAUCUAAGGGUUUUGUAAAUGGGCUUUCAUUCUGGUGUAAGAUUGUCAAUGACAACUUUCUUCUCAUUCUCUCCAUAUUGGGUUUGGUAAAGUGGAAUUAUUUUCUGCCUCCCUCUUCCAUGCCAAGAAGGUGGUUCAAAUGUUUUAAUUGUGAGUCUGUGGCAUAACCAAAACCUCUUACCCGAAUGACUUAUCCUCCAACAUCAUCCUUCUUUGUCUAUUUUUGGACUUACAUAUGUAUGUAUUUUACUUACCAGUACGUAAGUAUCCUCACAAGUGCGUAUGUAUUUCACUUAGAGCUAGAUAG